GCAAUUUGUUACGAGGCUGUAUAAGGCAAACAGCGCCGCAGCUACCAUACCUUUUCAACUCCAUACUGCCAGUAUAAACGUCCUCACUCACACGACAAGAAAAGUGCUUUGCGCCACAUUCUACGGGCUAAAACGUUCGCAAAAAUCUGGUCCAGCUACACUUAUAGACGCAGUUCAAAUAAAGACCAUAUUGAGCCGCUGGGUUGCUCCAUAUUAGUCGGCAUCUGAACCUCGAAAUCCACCACAUCCGUUACACAUCUCUCCGCAUCAUCCGAUCCCAGAUCAUUGUCUCCAAUACAAAAGCACUGCGAGGGGAGAUAUCUCUCUCAUAUAAAAGCUCCAAAAAAUGAGCCAGUCCUCCGCUAUCGAGGGCAUAACUUCGUCCCUCUCGGACAACAAAGUCCACCUCCUCCUCGCGGCUUCCGGCUCCGUCGCAACCAUCAAGCUACCCCUGAUAGUAAAGACCCUGUCAGAACGGUACUCCCAACCUGCACAGGGCUCAUCGUCACAACAACAAGACAGCGCCCAUGGCGGCCUGAGCAUCCGCAUCCUCCUGACCCCCUCAGCAGCCCGCUUCCUGGACGGCCAGUCCGCGGAGCAGCCGCGCCUGCAGUCCCUGCUCGACAUCCCCGGGGUGGACGGGAUCCACCUCGACGAGGACGAGUGGCGGGAGCCGUGGAAGCGCGGCAACGCGAUCCUCCACAUCGAGCUGCGGCGCUGGGCGGACAUGCUCGUCGUCGCACCCCUCAGCGCCAACACCAUGGCCAAGAUUGUCAACGGGUUCGCGGACGGGAUCCUGACCUCUGUCAUCAGGGCGUGGGAUGCGAGGGGCGAGCUGGACACCGAUGUGGUUCGUGGUGGUGGUAGCAGUAUUAGUAGUAACGGGGCUGUGAGGGGCGAAGAGCAGCAGCAGCAGGCAAGCAGAGGCCCGAUCACGAGGCAGCGCAGCAGUCGGAAGAAGCGCAUCAUUGUCGCACCAGCGAUGAACACAGCCAUGUGGCGGCACCCGGUCACGGCGAAGCAGCUCCGCGUGCUCGAGGAAGAAUGGGGUGUUGCUGGAGAGAAGGAGGCCAUGAAUGGCGGGGACAGGGGACAGACACCCUCAGCCGGUUCAAGGACUGAUACUGAGGAAGCUGACAGGAACAUAGCACGGGAUGGGGCGAAAGAGAGCGAAGAACAGGAGAACGAUGGGUGGUUCGAGGUGCUGAGGCCGCAGCACAAGAUUCUGGCCUGUGGUGAUAUUGGAGAUGGCGCGAUGAUGGAGUGGACCGAAAUAGUGGCUAUCAUCGAGGACAGGCUGGGCCUGAGUUCGUGAGCCGCCUGAAAAAUUGUCAUGCAGGCGGAUAAAUACCUAUUCGCAAGCAGACGAAGCCCAAACAUGGUGUACUCAUACGUCACUGCAGCACGCGAGGGAGAAUUUACGCAAGGUAAUAGAUGAGUCGAUGUUGUACCAUUGUCCAUUACCAGUCACAGUAACACGUAUGGAACAAAAGCCACAAU